UCCACACCCGCCCCGCCUCCUCAGGCCCCACUCCCGGAGUCCACUGUCAAUCUGUAUGAAUUGACAUUUGGUACAGCAGCUGGCAUAUGCGCGGGUGUGUUCGUCAAGAAAGGUGCAAAAAUGGUCGCAUUCUUCCUAGGUGGUGUGUUCGUCCUCCUUCAAUACCUUGGGUCGAUGUCACUCGUCCGUGUUGAUUGGGGUCGCAUGGCUGCUCGAUUCGAGAACUUGUUGUAUACGAAAGACGCGUUAGGCAACAAGAAGCCACCAACUAUUUCAUCACUGUGGAGAUGGGUGGUAGACUUUUUAACAGCAGACUUUCAGCCAAGAGCGUCUUUCAUUGCUGGGCUCGCGUUAGGGUUGCGCAUCGGUUGA